UGGAAGGCCUAACUUACUAGUACCCUUCACAAUUGACGGUCGCGCGAACGUGGCGGUGUCCCUCACCUGGUACUGUUUGUUAUCAAUCCGCCGAUAGAGGUUGCAUAGCCAUUCCAACCACCUCCCCAAUAUGGACCCCCGUAGGGCCCAAUUCGGUGGCCGACCGCAAAGCUCUAAGGCGCCGGUCACCGAGAUAGACGACGAUGACUUCGACGAGCUCUCCAACGACGUCCCGUGCUCCUCGCCGUACUUUACCCAGCCGACACAAAUCGUCGAUAGAGCUACUCAGCCUACCCAGAUCAUAAACCGGAAGACGCUAAAGGCGCCGUCGUCACCUCCGGCGCCUAGUACGCCAAGUACCGCAAUCGAAGUGCCAGCCUCGUCGCCAUUCCAGCCCAAGGGUCAAGCGAAGCAUUUGAUAGAGUCGCAGAAGCAGCCCGAACUAGCAAGGACGAUUGGCUCGCUCAUAGCUCCGGCGGGAACUUCCUUUAGACCACCCGCGGUAAAGUCGUUAUUGCGCAGAGCCAACGGGCCCUCCACCAAUAAGAAGAAUUACUUGGAGAUCUCUGAUGACGACCUAUCUGAGGACUAUAAGAAGCAUGACAGUUCAGAUGAUGGUGAUAUACCCACAAGGGGAGACAUACGACCUUCUUUUAUCAAGGAUAAGACGGCAAAAUCGACAUCGAAACGAGAGACUUUGUGGCCGUUGAAGGCGGAUAUUGCGUUAACUGAUAUACGUGAUAUAAGGCUGCGGCAUCUAACCCAUCAGGUGUACAAGAUCGUGCAGGAAAUCAAACCUGAAAUCACGAUCCAGGCGUGCAAAGAUGCGCUGCAGAAGGACGUGAGUUGGCGUGUCUCCAAGGCCGUCGACGUGUUGACCGGGAGACCUGCAAAAAGUCAACUGCCCAUUAAGCUCGACUAUAUGACCGGCAAUGGCUCCAAACCCAGCAGUCGUUCAAAGUCAUCGACAGGGCCUGGCCGCUCUCAGAACACGCUCAGGAGUUUUCUUCACGUUCCCGCCUCCACAAACUCGAGCAGAUCCUCCUCGCAAAAUUCAUUUUCCCACACGAAUAACUCAUCAUCAACUUCAAACCACCCUCCCUCUGUUCCAUCCAUUCAGUCAACUCAAUCAACUCUUUCGUCUGCCUCUACUCGGGGCCUAAAGUCGAAUAACAAGCUGCGGCGUAAACGCCUCGUCCAGGGACGCAGAAAAUCACCUACGCCACCCGAAGUUUUCUCACUCCCCUCAUCGCCCCCUUCUUCCAUCACAACCCCCAUCCGCUCAGAGUUUGACUCGCCUGCUUUGAUGUCGGGUUCUGGUUUAUCUCCCGAUUCGGAUGCGGUCCAAAAACCUCGGCGACGACUCGUCCGCGGCCGCCGGAACGUAACCCCUUCUAUUCCAGCGGUUGACUCAGACUCGGACCCGGACACCGAUACCGACAUCUUGGUAACAACUCGUUCUCUCAAGCGAGCUGCUGCUGCUUUGGGGAAUGACGUCCAAGCUCAAUCUGACGCCCCCGCGCGUCCCGAGAAGCGUGCCAAGAGGCAGCAGACCGACUCUGGCGCCCGCUCUCGCAAGAGGAAGAGCGAGGAGGACCUAGCCGCCCUAGCCGAAUCUGACAGUAUCCCGCGUCAGAAAAAGGCGAAGAGCAACUCAAACCCUCAAUCUCUAUCCCGUAACCAGAAGGCAUAUGAGGGACUUGAGCCUAUUUAUAAUUCGUUGGACUCUGACAACGAUGAGACCCCGGAGGAUCUGGUCGAUGGGGUGGAGGAGGAUAAUGGCGUCCUCAAUUAUCUCAACUCCUGCACCGCUGAGGAACUUGGACGCAUGACCGGUAUGGUUGCCGAUGCCAAGCUCAUGGUGUCUUCGCGACCAUUCAAGAGCCUCAUCGACGCCGAGAAGGUCUACCGGAAGGACAAAUCUAAGUCUAAGACCAAGCGCCGACCCUCCCCUGUCGGAGAAGUCAUUGUGGAAAAGUUGACUUCCUGGUUCCAAGCCUGUGACGCAGCUACGGCGGUGAUCACGGAGUGUGAAAAGCGAGGAGUCGCCUUACGGGAGGCUAUGUCUACCUGGCCGCUGGACAGAAACGGUGAGCCGAAGCGCAACUCUGAAUCAGACUCCGAGACGCUUCCCGAGCUUCCCAUCUCCAAGAAGCCCGAGCUGAUGAGCCAAUCUAUCGAGUUGAAAUCAUACCAGCUAGUUGGCGUCAAUUGGAUGAGCCUUCUACACUCGAAGGGCUACAGCGGAAUCCUCGCCGACGACAUGGGUCUCGGCAAGACAUGCCAAGUCAUAGCAUUCAUCGCUCAUCUGGUUACGUCGAAGCGCGAACCUGAUACUAGAGCCCCCUGGCCAAACCUGGUCGUUGUGCCCUCCAGCACUUAUGAGAACUGGCUCUCAGAGUUUGAGAAAUUCGCUCCCGGCAUAGACGUCCUUGCAUACUAUGGCGCACAUCGCCGAGACAUCGACCCCAGGGCGUCUCGUGAAUACCACGUCGUUCUGACGACAUACUCCCAGAUCGACAAGCGAGAAGAGGAUUUGGAGUGGCUGCAGAAACUGAAGCCCUACGCGGCCAUCUUCGACGAAGGCCAUAAAUUGAAGAACCAAAAGGCCUUGGUUUACCAGCAGAUGAUGCAAGUCCCUACCAAGUGGCGCCUUAUCCUCAGCGGCACACCGGUGCAGAACAAUUUGAAGGAGCUCCUCACACUGCUCCAUUUCAUCGAGCCGAGUCUAUUUGAGGAACAAUACUUCGAGAGAUUAAGCACAAUUUUCGAGACGAAGGUUGCGAACAAGGAUGUCCAUAAUUUUGCGGCCCUCGCCGAAGGACGGGUCGGUCGUGCGCGAACAGUCAUGGCACCUUUCAUCCUCCAGAGACGCAAGGACGAUGUUCUGGACCUGGCCAAGAAGGUCGAGCGUAUUGAGAUAGUCGACAUGCACCCUCUGCAAAAGGUCACAUACGACCAAUACAAGGACAGAUAUCUUCUACCGAAGGAUACCAAGGGUACUAAAGCUGCCAAACCGACUAGAGAAGCACACCCAUACAUGCAACUCCGAAAAGCUGCGAUCCAUCACCAGCUGUUCCGACAUCAUUUUACGGAUGAAAAAGUCCGGGAUAUGGUGAAUAUUCUAUGGAAGAACUGUUCUGAGGAAGAACUUGGCGUUCAAAGCAAAGAGGAUCGUCAUAAAGCCCUCCUACUACAAGAGAUGAUGACCAAGUCGGACUUCCAACUGCACCUUUGGUGCAAAGAUUUCCCCAAGUAUAUCAGCCACUUGGAUAUCCCAGACCGUUCUUGGGAGGAGAGUCCGAAGGUACAGAAGUUCCUCGAACUCAUUAGAGGCUAUAUAAAGACAGGAGACAGAGCUCUCGUAUUCAGCCGAUUCGAGAUGGUCAUUGAUAUACUACGGGAGACACUGCAUUCUGCGAAUAUUCCUUAUUGUGAGCUUACUGGAGCCAUGGAGACAGCUGAACGAUUCCCCGAGUGCCAGCGAUUCACAGAAAAUACGGAUAUACCAGUGUUCUUGCUGACCACCGGCGCUGGAGGCACAGGCCUCAACCUAACCGCCGCCAACAAGAUCAUUCUUUUCGACCAAUCCGACAACCCCCAGGACGACGUACAGGCCUCGAACCGGGCACACCGAAUCGGGCAGACUCGCGACGUCGAAGUCGUCCGCAUCAUCACUCGUAACUCUGUCGAGCGGUUCAUCUACAAUUCCUGUGUCAAGAAACUCAUGCUGGCCGCUCGCGUGGAGCGAGACCACGGAGCCGAAGAUGACGAGGAGUCAGUCGAGGAGCAAUGUCGCAAGCUCAUGCUUCUCGAAGAGGAGGAUCAUGCCGGCACCGACGUAGAGGCGGUUGCCCCGUCCCAGGAAGCUUAGUCUGUAGCUCAGCUCGGACUCAUGCGAGCCAGGCAGCUUCACGAGAAGCUGAUCAGGGCAAUAUAUACUUAAUGCGACAUCACCUAUACCAAAAUCAGAACCCCUAUCCUCUCUAUCAUCACCGCAGAUACUUUUUGACGGAGACAGAGCUCGCAAAACCGUUACAUGUACAACAGUCUAUACGAACAUCCA